AUGGAUAAUGCCUUCCAGUAUGUUACUAGCAAGUCCAAUGGAGGCCUGGACUCAGAGGAGUCCUGUCCAUAUCAUGCAAAGGUUGGACCCUGCAGAUACAGGCCCGAGGAUUCUGUUGCCAAUGACACUGGCUUCAUGGACAUCCCUGAGCAGGAGAGUGCCCUCAUGAAGGCAGUGGCAACCGUGGGACCCAUCUCUGGUGCUAUAGAUGCAAGCCAUCUUAGCUUCCGGUUCUAUGAAGAUGGCAUUUAUCAUGAGUGGCACUGCAGCAGUGUGGAUCUAGAUCAAACCGCUGAUCUAGAUCAUGGCAUUCUGGUGGUUGGCUAUGGCUUUGAAGGAGAAGAAUCAAGUAACAAUAAAUAUGGAAUUGUCAAGAACAGCUGGGGGAAAGCUAGGGGCAAGAAUGGCUACAUAAAGAUGGCCAACGACCGGAACAACCACUAGGGAACCGCCACCGUGGCCAGCUGUCCUACUGUGUGCGCUGAUGCUGAUAAAGAAAGUCUUGAU